GAUGGCGGCCACGACGGCGACUGUUCCUCAGGCUGUGGUGGCGGCGGCGGCGGCGGCGGCGGCGGCGCCGCUUCCUCCUCCCGCCUCGCCCGCCGUCGCCUCCCCGCCCGCCCCCGCUCAGGUUCCCGCCCCGACGGUGGUACCGCUUCCUGCGGUCACCCCCGCUCCGGCCCCGGCCCCGGCCCCGGCCGGGCCCCAGCCUACCGCGCUGUCGGCGCCUUUCCCCGGGGGCCGCGCGGUCCGGCUCCACCCGGUAGUGGUCGCCUCCAUCGUCGACAGCUUCGAGCGGCGCAACGAAGGCGCGGCCAGGGUCAUCGGCACGCUGCUCGGCAUGGUUGACAAACAUUCAGUGGAAGUCACUAACUGCUUCUCAGUCCCUCAUAAUGAGUCAGAAGAUGAGGUGGCAGUUGACAUGGAAUUUGCCAAGAAUAUGUAUGAACUGCACAAGAAGGUUUCCCCAAGUGAGAUUAUUCUUGGAUGGUAUGCAACAGGACAUGACAUCACAGAGCACUCUGUUUUGAUCCAUGAAUACUACAGCCGAGAAGCUCACAAUCCAAUUCACCUCACUGUGGACAGCAGUCUACAAAAUGGGCGCAUGAGCAUUAAGGCGUAUGUCAGUACUGCCAUGGGGGUGCCUGGUAAGACGAUGGGAGUGAUGUUCACGCCCCUCACAGUGAAGUAUGCCUACUAUGACACAGAACGGAUAGGAGUUGAUCUCGUCAUGAAGACUUGCUUUAGCCCAAAUCGAGUGAUCAGUUUGUCUAGCGAUCUGCAGCAGGUGGGGACAGCUUCUGCUCGGAUUCAGGAUACCUUGAGCACAGUGCUGCAGUACGCAGAAGAUGUGCUGUCCGGUAAAGUGGCUGCUGACAACACAGUUGGCCGUUUUCUGAUGGAUCUCAUCACCCAGGUUCCAAAGAUCUCACCGGAGGACUUCGAAACCAUGCUGAACAGCAAUAUCAAUGACCUGUUGAUGGUAACUUACUUGGCAAACCUCACACAGUCACAGAUUGCGCUCAAUGAAAAAAUCCUAAACCUGUAGUGUAACUCCGAACCAUCUUGUAAGAAGACAGUAUGAAGAAAAUUGGAUCUGUGCCCCUGUAAUCCAAAACUUUAGCUGGACUGUCAUUUUGAAAAAAGACUGCUCACUAAACCUUCCUUUCCCCCAACCCUCCGAAAACAAAUGGGAUCACAAAGAUGAAGGCCAUUUAUUAAGAAUGAGCUGGCAACUCAGAAACUGUUUGGUUACUCUUACUAUAAGUACCACACCAUUUCUGUUUUGGAAGGAUAUUUGGAUUUAAAUAAGUAAAAAUUCAAUUCACA